CUCUCCAGAAUCCCCAAUUCUUUCUUUGCAGAAUCAACCUCCCAAAUCCCUCUUUUUUCAUCUAAUUCUCAAAAGGAAAAAAAUAAAAGAAGAAAUCGUGCGUGCAGUUUGUUCACCGGUUUGUCUUCAUCUUCAUCGUAUGAACCUCGCUGCUCGAAUUCAAAAUGGUUCGAGCAGCUGAGGAUGAACAAAACAUGAAUCCCGGAGUAGGUGAUGAAGGCGCCACAAACAAUGACAGCAAAUGCUCAGUUUCAGAUUUGGAUACGGUGAAGGAAAAGUUCGCGAAAUUGCUUUUAGGCGAGGAUAUGUCAGGCGGAGGAAAGGGCGUUUCAUCAGCUCAGGCUUUGUCAAAUGCCAUUACGAAUCUAGCAGCUGCUGUUUUUGGGGAACAAUCACGAUUAGAGCCAAUGCCACCGGAAAGGAAAGCAAGGUGGCGGAAGGAAAUGGACUGGCUCUUAUCUGUCACCGAUCACAUUGUUGAAUUUGUCCCCUCAAAACAAAACACUAAUGGCGUAAACAUGGAGAUUAUGGUUACAAGGCAACGGAGCGACCUCCAUAUGAACAUUCCUGCAUUAAGGAAGCUUGACGCCAUGCUCAUUGAGUGCUUGGAUAAUUUUCAAGGGGAACAUGAGUUCACGUAUGCAUCAAAAGAUGACAACGAAGCAAAAAGCCAAAGAAAGAGGGAAGAAGAUAAAUGGUGGUUACCAACCCCAAAGGUCCCUGCAGACGGUUUAUCAGAGUCUACAAAGAAAUGGUUACAAUUUCAAAAAGACGCAGUUCACCAAGUACUCAAAGCAGCCUUAGCCAUUAACGCACAAAUUCUAAUGGAAAUGGAAGUCCCUGAAAGCUACACCGAAACCCUCCCAAAGAAUGGAAGGGCGAGCUUGGGAGACUAUAUCUAUAAGAGUAUAACGGUUGAGCACUUUGAUCCGGAUCACUUUCUUUCAUCAAUGGAUUUAACGAUUGAUCAUAAAAUUGUUGACCUCAAGAACAGAAUCGAGGCGUCUGUAGUGAUAUGGAAGAGGAAGAUGUCUGCUAAAGAUGGAAGAUCUAGUUGGGGUUCAGGUGUUAGUUUGGAAAAAAGAGAACAAUUUGGAGAUCGAGCAGAGACUAUUUUAUUAAUUCUUAAACAACGUUACCCUGGGAUCCCUCAAUCCAUACUAGAAAUCAGCAAAAUCGAACACAAUAGAGAUGUUGGGCUUGCUAUUCUUGAGAGUUAUUCAAGAAUCCUAGAAAGUUUGGCACAUAAAGUGUUGUCACGUAUAGAAGACGUACAGCAUGCAGAUGCUCUUACACAAAAUCCAUCUUUGGGAGAUAUGAAGACCAAUUCUCUUAAAGAUUCAGUCAAGAUAUUAACAUCAGGUAAAUUCCCAGAUGCAGUAGAAGAGAUAGAAAGCUGAAUCAUUCAAUGACAUUGCCACAUUCAACACAAAAGUUCACAAUUUCAGACCUACAUAGAGUUUCGAUUUACUGUUCUUUCUUCCCAUGUAAAAUGUAAAAUGUAAAAUGUAUAGAAGAGAACAGAUUGUAUAUUGUGUUUGGUGUGAAUUGGAUUGGAUUGGGGUUGAAACUGAUGAAUCAAUUGUACAAAAAGAUUUGUAAUGAACACGAAUUCAUGCUUGAUUCUACCACAUCAUAUACUUGAAAAGUGAAAGGAGUUUUGGAGUAGGAAGCAAACAUGUACUUACAAGUUGUGGCAAGGAUACAUAAAAGACAUAACUAUAUAAAAUGUUUAUCAGAUUAGAUUUUGCCACGUGGACCUAGCUUAGGUGGUAGUUGUGGGCCCUUGACGAUGGGUAACACGUCACCUGUAGCGGUGGAGCUGAAGUAAGCAAGGGUGGAACCACCUCCAAGAAUCAAGAACUUGAGUAGCAAUCCUCUCUUGGUAAAA